CGCUGCGGACGCGGCGGAGUGGUUAUUGGGUUGUUUUUAAUAAUUAUUUAAUUAAUUGUGAGAGGAGGAGAAGAGGACCGCCGCUGCUCUGCCAGCAGUGCUGCAGUGGCACCCAGUUGAAAGCAAACUGGAGCGGGUGGUAAGGCUGAACUUUGCCCUGACCCAGCUGUGAGACUGAGUGGACCCAUGAUGGAGCUCCAGAUCUUACAGGAGGCUCUGAAGGUGGAGAUCCAGGUCCAUCAGAAACUGGUGGCUCAGAUGAAGCAGGACACAGAGAAUGCUGAUCUGAAGAAACAGCUCCAUGAACUCCAAGCCAAAAUCACAGCGCUCAGUGAAAAACAGAAAAAGGUGGUGGAGCAGCUGAGGAAGGAGAUUCUGGUGAAGCAGGACCCGGAGAGCAAGCUGCCAGUCCACGGCCCACCAGGAGGGGGCGACCACAAGCUGGGAAGCCAGCCAAUGGGGGGUGACAACAAACAGGCUGGCCUUCUAGUGAGUCCCCCCGUUCAGCCUGGCCUGCCCACUGGACAACUGCAGCAGACUCUGACCGUCACCCCGGUCCUCACGAAGACGAUACCUCUGGUCCUUAAAGCUGCAGCCACACCCACCCUACCGGCCGCAGUCCUGCCACAACGUACCCCUGCCGUUGCUAUGGUAACCACAGCCAUCAGCAAAUCGGACUCCAUGAAUGCCCCAAUAAACCUCCAGGUCACCGGCAAACCGACCAAUCAGAUCUCUGAGCCGGUGCGCCUCGUGGUGCAGGCUACCGCCAACUCCUCAGCCCAGCCAAUCAAAGUUCCUCAGUUUGUCCCUCCUCCUAGACUGACGCCUCGGCCCUCUUUACAGCCACAGGUCCGCCCCAAGUCCGUCCCGGUCACCAACGUGGCCAUCGCCCCAGCCCCGCCCCCCAUGAUGGCGGCGCCCGCGCUGCACCAGAGGCCUGUGAUGGUGGCCGCCAAGAUCGGGCCCUCCUCCGUCACCCCCAUCCACCAGCUGCGCAUCCUCAAUGGCCAGACCCCACCCACCACCCUGACGGGCAUCGUCAUCACCACCAGCGCCCGGCUAAACACCGCCCCCCACGGCACCACACAGCCAAUCGGGAGUCCGGCGCCGCCCCCUCCCAGCUCCACGCAACCAAUCAGCAGCCUGGACGCGGCCAAGAUGGUGAAGUUGGUGGGAGGACGAGAGCUCAAGACUGUAGUCUCCACCCCCUCUUUAACCCCGCCUCCCCGACAAAAGAGGGAGGAUAAUCCACAGAAACUGGCCUUCAUGGUGUCUCUGGGGCUGGUGACCUACGACCACCUGGAGGAGAUACAGAGCCGGCGGCAGGAGAGGAAACGCAGAACCACAGCCAACCCGGUGUACAGCGGCGCUGUGUUCGAACCCGAGAGGAAAAGAAGUGCAGUGAGCUAUCUCAACAGCCCUCUUCAUCAAGGGACCAGGAAAAGAGCCAACGAAGACUCCCUUUCCAAGGUACGUCCCCCGGACGCUGUCUCGCUUCACCCCUACUCCAUCUUUCUUUUGUUCUUUGUUUUUGCGUCUGUGUCGUCUCCUCACCCAGGUCGCCCACCCAAACACACCAACGUGCCGGAGCUGUGCAGCCUCACCCCGACUCCCCCCUCCAUCACGGCCCCCGACCAGCCCUCCCCCGCCCCCCCAGCCCACACCCUCCCCCUGCCUAGCCCCGCCUCCGGGGAUGGAGACGUCCAUGAGGACUUCUGCACUGUGUGCAGGCGCAGUGGGCAGUUGCUCAUGUGCGACACGUGUUCGCGUGUUUACCACCUGGACUGCCUGGACCCCCCGCUGAAAACCAUUCCUAAAGGCAUGUGGAUCUGUCCCAAAUGUCAAGAUCAGAUCUUAAAGAAAGAAGAGGCCAUCCCAUGGCCUGGCACCCUGGCCAUCGUUCACUCCUACAUCGCCUACAAAGAAGCUAAAGAGGAAGAGAAACAGAAGCUGAUGAAGUGGAGUUCUGAGCUAAAGAUGGAGCGAGAACAACUGGAGCAGCGAGUCAAACAGCUCAACAACUCCAUAACAAAAUACAUGGAAAACAAAAACAACAUGCUGGCCCGUCAGAAGGAGAUGAGCCAGGCCCUGGAGAAGGUCAAACAUCUGGUCCGUCUCAUCCAGGCCUUCAACUACAACAAGGCUCUUCUGGAGACGGAGCCCAUUGUCCCCACGGUGCAGGUCCCCGCAAUGCAGGUCCCCGCAAUGCAGGUCCCCACCGCGCAGGUCCCCACCGCGCAGGUCCCCACCGCGCAGGUCCCCACCGCGCAGGUCCCCACCGCGCUGGUGCCCACCGCGCUGGUGCCCACCGCGCAGGUCCCCACCGCGCUGGUGCCCACCGCGCAGGUCCCCACCGCGCUGGUGCCCACCGCGCUGGUGCCCACCGUGCUGGUGUCCAGUGCGCUGGUGCCCACCGUGCUGGUGCCCAGUGCGCUGGUGCCCACCGCGCUGGUGCCCACCGCGCUGGUGCCCACCGUGCAGGUGUCCAGCGUGCUGCCCACCGUGCAGGUGUCCAGCGCGCUGCCCACCGUGCAGGUGUCCAGCGCGCAGCUGCCCAGCGUGCAGCUGCCUACCGCGCAGCUGCCUACCGCGCAGGUCCCUACCACGCAGCUGCCUACCGCGCAGGUCCCUACCACGCAGGUCCCUACCGCGCAGGUCCUCACUGUGCUAGUCCCAACAGCGCAGUUCCCCAACUCGCAGGUCCCCGUCGCGCAGGUCGUCCCCGUCGCGCAGGUCGCCCCCGUCAAGCAGGCCAUCCCCACCGCGCAGGUCCCCACCGCGCAGGUCCCCACCGCGCAGGUCUUUGUGGCAGAGGUCACUACAAGGCUUGUCCCCGUCGCGGAGGUCCCCGCCACGCAGGUCCCCGCCACGGAGGUCCAACCUCCUGUAGAAACAGAGGCCGGUGUCCCCCCCGCAGAGCCCCCGGCGGUGGCGGUGGAGUCGGGGGAGGCUGCGGUCGCAGCCCCGCGGCCCUCUGCUGUGGCCCGACCAGCGGAGCAGGAAGAGGUCCGGGACCCCAUCCCUCAGAUACACGCAGAGACCAGCGGGGCGCGCCCUGAGGAGGACGACCCCCAGGGGCCCGGGGGGCCCGCUGUAGAGACCAAGGCGGGGCCGGGCGGCUCGGAGGCGGCUGCCACCACCAACGGUACGGCCGAGUCCGCCGCUCACGGGGCCGGCGCGGCCCCCAGGGCGGAGGGCACCUCGGGGGCCUGCGGGGCCUCAGAGGCGCCGCCAGAGGUAGAGGCGACCGACGGCAACAACAGCAAAACCUCAGCGUCGCGCCGCCCCCCCCUCCUGGACCCACUCUGUACUCUGGACACUAAGAAGUAACGGGUUCCCCGACAUAUAUAAAAGAAGACUUUCUGCUUGCACCUUAGGGUGCCCUGAAGUUGCCAAUCUGUAUAAAUGUUGUUUGUUUGCAUCGUAUUGUCAGACUGUGUCAAUGGUAGAUAUACAGCCCCACGAAAGGGCUCUGGGAAGGUAGACGAGGUCGUCAUGCCAAUUAGAGGAGGAGAUGGACUCUCUUACCACACCAGUCUGUGCCUGCUCUGACAGACCGGGUCCAGCAGGGCACGGCUCCAUGGAAUGGGGGUCCAACCAGGGUCGGUAGUAUCUGGUCUGGACCCUGACACCUGGAGCCAGAGAGGAGCUCCGGUGGUCUGAAGCAGCAGUAUUAGUUCUGCCCCAACCACCCUGCAUCAACCAACCGUCUCCUGAAUAAUGUGACCGACUCCCCACCACCCAACACAUCAGCCACUAGGUCCUGGUAUCCUAGAGGCCUCUGCCCUGAUCCCUAGAGGCUGGGUCCUGAUCCCUCGAGGCGGGCCCCAAGGCCGGGUCCUAGAGGCCUAGGUCCUGAUCCCUAGAGCCUGUGUUGCUGAGGACUGGGUCCUAGAGGCCGGGUGGCUGAGGACGGUGUGUGUCCAUGUGAGUGUUAGCCUACAAGUUGUUUUCAGUGAUGUUGGUCCAGUGUAGUGAUUGAGUUUCAUUUGUGAGUCAAGUGUCAACUGUGAGCACUAAAUGUGAAAUUGCAAUAUUGCAAUGACAACACAAAACUAUUUCUGGGCUGUGUUUCUUUUUAAAGGAAAACGUAUUCAGGUCUUCCUAGUUUUCAGAAUAAGUGCUUUUGUUCCGGAGCCUGAUGGACCGGCGUGGUUAAUACGAAGGAAUCCUCUUUACAAGCGGAGAACUUUGUCCUCGCAUACCUUUUUGUUAAAUUCUCAACUGCCAAAAUCCAAUGCAUCUAAAUCCAGCAGGGAUUGGCUGACGGGCUGACUGAGAGGAGCUCGUGCAUUAUGGGAAGAGGAGUCUACUGUCUGAGAACCCAGAGAUCACUCCCCAUACAUAGAUAUAUCUAUGUCUAUAGAUAUGGAGAUGACUAUGUCUAUAGGUAUAUCAUAUCGUCUGGAGAUUAAAGCACAAGCUUGCUGCAUAUUCCACCCAGUGCUGAGAGCCUUUUGUACAUUGAGGAGCUGCCGUAAGCCCCUCCCUUUGUCAUGUGACCCCAGCCGCCACACACACACAUUGCCAAUAUUUUUCUAGAAGGGAAUCCCCCCCCACCCAACACGUGUCUGAGGAUCAUUAGGUUGAUUUAGACCCCCCCCCUUGAUCAUCUGUGUGGUCGAAGAAGCACUGACAUCAUGGAGGCAGAAUCAGUGAGCAGAGCGGAUCACAUCUACUGGUACCACUGGUGUCUACUGGUUGUAUUACUAGUAUAUACUGGUUGUAGGAUUUGUGACUAGUCUCCCGCUCUACUGAUGGUGCCUUGCGAUGCAAUGCACUCUGGGAAAUUAAGUUUCAUAAAACAAAUUUACUUUUUUCCACCCUCAAGGUAUUCCCCCCCCCCCCCCCCACAUACAUGACUUUGAUGAGGUUAUUUUUGUUUAAUUUCCGUUCAUUUUCUAUAGAAGAAAUUCCAUUUUUUUUAUCGGCUGUUUGAUCAGCUCCCCGUUCUUCAUAUCAUGUCACCGCAGCGCUCAGUGUUCGACUAGCCUGGCCUUGAUAUCUGCUGCUCCUGCUCUGGGCUCCACUGCUGGCACUGUAAAGACGAGUACGUUCCCCAAUGAAAUGCUACCUGGAAGUUAGCACAUUAUCCAUUCCAUUACGUUUCUUUUAUCCAGCCUGGGUUUGGAUGUCUGAGUAAUUCCUAAAUAUGGCAGAUGGAUCUAAUGUUCAGGGUGUGGAGGUUGCCAGAUUGGACCACAUUCCCCCCUCUGCUCCUCCCUCAGUAGGUACCCGGAGUGCCUUCCUCACACGGCAGAUAAAACACUGUGACCACGCCCCCUGGCUAGGCUCCUCCCCGUCACCAGUCCACUGGACCAGUCCGACCGCUCAGUGUUGUUGCCUUACAUCCAUCUGAUUGGUUAUCGUCACCAGUCCUCUGAGUCGCUCACUGACUGCAGCACUUUUCCUUUGCCCAGUAUUACAGUCUCCGAUUCGGCUCUGUGUAUAUACAUGUGUGUAUGUAUGUAUAGGUGUAUAUAUCUAUAUAUAGAUAUAUAUAGAUAUGUCUUCUCUAUUCUGCCUCUGUAUACGAGUCCAGAGAGCCCCCCCCAACACUGCGGUUAGCGUACCCCUGGGUUAGCAUACCCCUGGGUUAGCGUACCCCUGGGUUAGCCAACCAUUUGUAAUAAGCAGAUGGCGUUUGAACCCAACCAGGUCAGCUGUAUUCUCAGUCCGAUUGAACGCAUGCCUUCUUAUGCAAGUUUUUAUACAUUUGUCGAAGCGGUUGAAAAUACAUUAUGCUUUAUCUUUGUUUCUAAAGUUUUGUAAAGUUGUCAAGAGGAUGAACGGUCGGACUUCGUAGUGUGACAACAGUCUCAAUUUAACUUCCCUAACGCAGCAGUGUCGCUACAUUCCACCCAGUCUGAAUGGACCUAGCUUCACUCAUUGGCUUCGCUAAUGCUAUAUUCCACAGUGAGAUCAGAAGUAGUUCUAGAAACAAGUGAGACAAGAUGUGAAUCUGAUAUAUCCAAAGAGUUCUGCAGGGUUGUUGAGGCCUCUAUGUAUGCGCUACAUAUCAGCCGCCGCAGAGCAGCUAGCCCUGGUCCUAGCGCUCACUGCUCGUGGAAUAGAGGGAGUUCAAAUCUUUAUGCAUACAGACAUUGUUCAACACCACUUCCUGAGCCCAUUCCGUGUUCCUGGAGCAUCUUGUAAAGUCACCAUUUAUUAGUUGAAAUAAUCCAAGUCAUGAUUGUGGCCUUCUAGUAUUGUUAAACAUGACAUAUCCCUCCUCUUUACCCUUAGCCCCUCCUCUUUACCCUUAGCCCCUCCUCCUUCCCCUUAGACCCUCCUCCUUCCCCUUAGACCCUCCUCCUUCCCCUUAGACCCUCCUCCUUCCCCUUAGACCCUCUGCCCUACCCUUAGACCCUCUGCCCUACCCUUAGACCCUCCUCCUUACCCUCAGACCCUCCUAACCCUUAGAACAAUCCUCAUCCUUGGAACUCUCCUCAGCCUUAGAACCAUCUUAACCCUUAGAACUCGACUCUUCAUCACUACAGACUCACACCUGACUUGAGUCCCCUCCCCAGCCUUAGAACCGGCCCCUGAACCUUUAGAACCCGCUCCCCCAGUUCUCUGCUCCUCGUCGCUUGGCUCCUCUCGUCUCCGGUUCCUCUUGGGGUCGGGGGGGCAAAAACAGAUCCUUUUUUUCCAUCUUCGGGUGGGUGAGAUGCAUUGUAGCGAAACGAAUAAAGAGAAGUUCACCGUGGUGUGCUGACUAAUGUGUAAAUUGUUAAUUACACAGUAUGAAUAUUUGUAUAAUUGUUUGUAUUUUUUUCAUGAUCUUUUGAAAGGAAUGUGUUCGUUUGUGUCUUCUGUUGGCCUGACAUUGUGACUGGUCUGGUGGACAUUACCUCUGGGGAGUGUUUAGGAAUACUGUAGGGACAUGGGAAGACCUUAAUAUUAGGAGCAUUUGAUCAAUUUGUAUUUAUUUAUUUUACCAUUUUGUUAAUAAAUUGUGAAAAGCGAA